UGACCGGAGCGGCGGGAGGCAGGCGGCGCCCGCCGAGGGAGGCCCCGAGCCCGCCACCGUCACAACCGGCUGCGGGGCGGCGGCCUGCUCGUUCUCCUCUUCCUCCACCUCCUCCUUCUCCUCCUCCUCCUCCUCCCCCCGUCGCCGCCGCCGGCACCAUGAGCAUCGAGAUCCCGCCGGGCCUGACCGAGCUGCUGCAGGGUUACACCGUGGAGGUGCUGCGGCACCGGCCGGCCGACCUGGUCGGGUUCGCCGCCGAGUACUUCACCCGCCUGCGGGAUGCCCGCGAGCGGGAGGCGGCCGGCGGCGGCCGCAGGGUGGUCAGCUUCGACGGGGAGCCCAUGCAGACCGAGUCCAACGGCGAGGAGCCCGACCGCGACGACGACGACGACGACGACGACGACGACUUCGAGCCUCCAGUUAUUAACCGAUGCAACAGAAGAGUAUCAGUUUGUGCUGAGGCUUUCGAUCCAGAUGAAGAAGAAGAAGAUACAGAACAAAGGGUAGUUCAUCCAAAAACUGACGAACAGCGAUGCAGACUGCAGGAAGCAUGUAAAGAUAUCCUACUCUUCAGAAAUCUAGAUCAGGAGCAGCUGUCUCAGGUCCUUGAUGCCAUGUUUGAGAGGAAGGUGAAACCUCAGGAACAUGUGAUUGAUCAAGGGGAUGAUGGAGACAACUUCUAUGUUAUUGAGUGGGGGUUGUAUGAUAUUGUUGUAGCAAAAGACAACCAGGCACGCUGUGUGGGCCGCUAUGAUAAUCAUGGCAGUUUUGGGGAACUGGCAUUGCUGUACAACACUCCUAGAGCUGCCACCAUCGUUGCCACGACAGAAGGAGCCCUUUGGGGACUGGAUCGAGUGACAUUCAAAAGAAUUAUAUUGAAAAACAAUGCAAAGAAGAGGAAGACAUAUGAGUUAUUUAUUGAAUCAGUGCCCCUUCUUAAAUCCUUGGAGGCAUCAGAGCGAAUGAAAAUUGUGGAUGUUAUAGGAGAGAAAGUGUAUCAAGAUGGGGAACGUAUCAUUGCUCAGGGCGAUAAAGCAGAUUCCUUUUACAUUGUAGAAUCUGGUGAAGUAAAAAUCAUGAUUAAAAGCAAGACUAUGACGAGUAAGGAAGCUAACCAAGAAGUAGAGAUUGCUCGGUGUCGCCGAGGACAGUAUUUUGGAGAGCUUGCACUUGUUACCAACAAACCCAGGGCAGCCUCUGCCUAUGCUGUUGGGGAGGUCAAAUGUUUAGUCAUGGAUGUGCAAGCGUUUGAGAGGUUGCUUGGACCCUGCAUGAAUAUUAUGAAGAGGAAUAUAACGCAUUAUGAGGAGCAGCUGGUGGCAAUGUUUGGCUCUAGCAUGGACCUGUUGGAUCCAGGAAAUUAGGCACAGGGUACCUCAAUGCCUUCUUAGUUCAAGACACAGAAAAGCCUCCUAUCAGCAACACAACUCACAAGGAAAAUGGACACUACGGAACAGUUACUGCUGCUGUCUUCUUGGGCAUUUUAAAAACCAUAAGCAAGUCUCAGCACAGAUGGAUUGCUCGCUCCCUGCCUCCACUUUGCUGCUGAUACUUCAUUAUUAGACCUAGAUUAAAGAUGAUUCUAACCCUGAGUUCACUUACUUGGUUCAGAAUGGCAUCUGUUCAACAGUUCAAGUGCCUGAUAUGAAAUCCAAAGUAUACAAGAUACAGAAGCCUCCUUCCUCCUGGUAUUCCCGUUGUGAUAAAUUUUCAAAUCAGAUCUUGUGGUGGGAGGUUGCCUAUUCUGCAGAGGCAACCUGUGGAAUAUAAGCCUUGUGUAGGCUUAUUGUCUUCUUAUAUUGUUUUCCUUACACAAUGUCAAAUUUGCUUUUAAUUGUAGCAUCUGGGUUUGAAGUUAAAAUAUCAGUGGAGCUGGUUAAUAAGGUGGCACUGAAGUUUUCUUCUACCUGCUGAAAGAUGCAGGUACUAUAGCUCUUUAAACCAAGUAAACUGAGCUGGGGACACAGGUGAGAGUCUGCUUAGCAGCAAAAUGCAGAAAAUGAAGCAUUACUAAAUUUCAAGUGUGUUCUGAGCAGCAAAGAAAAUUGUUUUGCUCCACGCUUCCCAAAAAGUGUGCAGUGAGUUCAGAUCAAAUGGCUGGAAGGUGUCAUAGUUGUCAUCUCCUCAAAUUUGCUCCUCGUUUCUGACAUCAGGUGGAUUUUAUUGUGGUGAGAUCACAAUAGAUGGCCACCUUCGGCUUACGGAGAUCCUUUAUACUGCUAGAUUUGCCAGGGUGCUGUUGUCUGGGUCAGUUUUAAAACUUUUUAAGGAGGUGAAUGUUAUGUAAUUUAAAGGAAAGCUACUUCUGUACUUAUUUAUAGGAGCUCCUCCCCGGGAAAAAAAAAAUAAAAAUCAUGGUAUUCUAACUUUAUUGGACACUUUGAGUCCACUUGGCUUCCAAAUGCCAUGUUGAUUUUAAAAACUUUUGAAAAGUUGGUAACAUUGGACUUUGCAAAGCAAAUGUCUUUGCUAACUAGGCAGUUGGUGUACCUGAGGGAUCUUUUGGAUUAGGUGAUAGCUAAGCUAAUGAUGAUUAUCUAAAAUACCUGUUAAAUUUGCAGCAUUUUCUAGGUAGAUUCUAUUUCUACAGCUUUAAUGAACUUAAUUGGUAUACAGCUGAGAUUUUAUCAAAGUACUAUCUAAAUAAGAAUCAAACCAUAAGAAGAACAUUUUUACGGUGUGAAAUGGAAUAUAUAUAGUAAAUCAUUGAAUUUGUGGGUAAUAAAUCUAGUGACCCUUUGAAUUUGCAUUCUGCAGCUCACAAAAAACUUAGUAGUGUUUUUAUGGGGAUUAUGGUAUUUUAAUUGUGGAUGUCCAUCUAACAGAACCUUCUCUUUUUAUUCAUGGCCAUCUGAGCAAGAGCAGAAGGAUGCUAAUGUUGAAUUCCUGUUUCUAGUUAUGACAGUGGACAUUUCUCUAAGGCACAAGAUACUUAGCUGCAACUUAGCUGCAAGUUGAUUUCUGGGUGAUAAAUAUUUUUUCCCUAAAUCGAUGAGGACAUCCCAGUUCCUGCAAUAUGCGUAAGAUGGAAACUUGAUAAGUUUGGCUAUUGUCCAGUAACUGUAAUUGGAGUCAUAUUUUUAUAUGAUGCAAAUGAUUUGUAAUGGGCACCACUGAACAAGAUGUUUCCAUAUUAAAGUUCUGGUUGUAAUGUGUAGUGGCUGUUCUAACUGCAUGUAUUUUAGAACAGUGAAUUGCCCUUGCUUUCCUGGGCUGGAUUUCUUUUUUCUUUUUUUUUUUCUUUUUUUUUUUUUUAUAAGUUACAGCCAAAGAAGCAGCAGGUACUUCGUUUGUGCUUCUGAGGUUUUACACCAAAGACAAUAUAAUUCUUUUAAUUACAGAUUUUUAUUUUUUUUAAGACAAAUAAAAAAGAGAGGAAAAAAAGAAAAAAACACUCAUCAGGCCCUUACACUGAUACUUUGGCCUCAAAGACAGAAGUCUCUCUAAAGCCAGCUUGUGACUGUCAUAUCCUCUCCUUUGUCUGGAGGAGCCUGGCAGGUUGGGCUGCCUUACAGAUGGAUUCUACUUCUUUGGUUCUCUGCAGGACAGGACUGAAUACCUCAGCACAUGCAAACAUUGGCAAUUGUUUUGAAGUUUAACCAAAAAAAAAAACAACACCACCCAAGCAAGACCAGUGUUAGAUUUGUAAGGUAAUUCUGCCUGGAAGGGAGGAUUUUAAGAAACUUUUGAAGUUUUAUCUUUCUCUAGAUUCCUUGAAGCAAAGGCAUACUGGGCAAUAACAUCCUGCAUCCAGGAUCUGUGACAUUGUUCAGUGGCAUAGAGAGGCAACCUGACCUUCACCUGAAGCAGAAUGACCUUUAAGAAGGCUGGUCCAUGUAAACUGUUCUAGUUUGCAAUGUGCAUGACUAGUUUGGUCUGGUUUAACCAACAUGUUCUGGACAAAUUUGGAACAUGAAGGUAGUGAUAGAAGCUUCUAGUAAGAUGCUCAACAAAGCCAGGUAUCUGGAUAGCCAAACAGCACCAGCAAUGAGCUAAAUCUGAAAACAUGCAAGGGGUGAUACGAAGACCAAGGAGUGGAGUGAGGUGCCUGGUCAUGAAGUUCUGACUGCAUUAUUGUCUAAGCUUAUUCGUUUUCUCUAUGACUGUUCUCACAAAUGCUGGGGAGAAUGAGCACGGGUUUUUUUGUUGUUACUGCUCAGUGUUCAGUAAAUCUUCUGUGGAUUCUCUGACAGUGGAGAAGGAUCUAGUUUUUAAUAAAAGAACUCAGCAGCAAAGUGGGUAAAGAGGAUAGUGUCUUUGAGACUUGGAGGAAAAAGUCUCAUUUCUGAUUUCCUGCUUGUGAUUGUUGUGAGGUGAGUGAGAGGAGCUUUCAGUGGUCGAAUAUCCUGGCAUAUGGUAUUUCUACUUAAUGUCACAGCACAGGUUUCACAAUGUAAAAAAAAAAAAAAAAAGUGGGGCAAAAAUGCUCUCUUUUAGACAAGAAAACAAAACUGUGCAAUUUUGCACAGAGGGAAAAAAAAAAACAACCUUUGAAUGUCACUUCCAUUCUUUCUUUUCUGUUGGCUGAAAAUGGACGCUUGUUCAUGACUUGUAUUUGUAAACUAGUCUUGCCAAAAUACAAACACUGUUUUUUUUUCACUCCAGAUAAUUUUUGUUGUUACAGUUAUUGCUGAUUAUUUUCACUUCUUUCUAACCAUAUAUUUUAUUUCAAGAGGCCUUCCUUGUGGAUUUUCUCCUGAUUGUCUGCAGCACUACACUGCUAUUUCAAGGUGGAAGAAAGUCACUAACCUCAUGGGAGAACACUCAACUCCGCUUAGCUGGCUGGAGCUAAUAAUGCAUUACUAAUUUUCCUCUGCUCUGUGGGGCAGAAGGGGAAUUAAAUUCUGCAUAAAGUUGCUACCUCAAGGCUCCAAGUGCUUUAAAAGUCUUUCACGUGGGAGAAUUUCAUAGGACAGUUCUUAAAAUUGGUCUGUUCUUUUGAGUUAAAUAUUUUUAAUUGAUUCAUUGAGGGACCCUUAUUUUAAUUCAUUUUACACUUAGUAUUUGAUUCUCAAAGGAUGAAUAGCUGCAAAGUUUGGUUCUUGCAGUACAGUGUUAACAUGAAAGAAAAAUAUCUGACGUAUAAGCAUAUGGUUUUAACAAGUUAAACCACUUGGAUUCAGCUUCACUUUUGGUUAAUAAAAAACUGACAUGUUGUGUCCAGCCUUCCUGGUA